CAUCGUUUUAUUCAGUUAAACACUAACCGCCGAGGUGUUCAAACACGCUUUUCCAGCUUUGCUCUGAUCAGACCACAGACAGCACCCACUCGAUGGGAAACUGUGUGGAUCUCGAAGGUGGAAAGCUCAUCGCGUUUGGCUCUAGUGAUUCUAAACAAUAAUAAUUGCCGUUUCAGUGACUAACUAUCAACAUUUUGGCAGUUAGAACGCCUUGGACAGUUUCAAUCAUAAAAGUGUUUAUUUAAUCUAAAGUACAUAACUGGUAGUGGAUUGUGGAUUUCUUAGAGUUCACAUUUAGCAUAAUUUUUAAACCCAGUGGAAGCAUUUAUAACCGCCGUUUCAUAUGGACGGUUAGAUUGAAGUCGCGUGCAAUUUUCCCCGUAAAAAAUGUGGUCGUAAUGCUGCAGUGAUUUUGAUUAAUGCUCGCCGGUAGAUAACGUUACAACGGAAAAGCGUACAGCUCAUAGCAAGUGACAAAAUGGGAAUUUUACAUCGAGUUUAACUAUUUCCAGCCCGCACACCGCAUGAUACAAUGCAGGAAAGAGCAAUGAAGAGUUCCGAAAUACCAGAUCGAAGGUAGAUUAUGUGCUGCAACGAAAAAUGCUGCAUCGAUAUCGUUCGUUACCGCAGUGUCUUAGCGGGAGGCGCCAGUUUUGCUCGACAUGGGAUGGCUUUAGUGUGAAAAUGCUUUGCAUAGUUGUGUUUCUUGUGGCGAUUCGUGCACUGGAUCAUCGCGACGUUGGAGUAAACUGUUUUCACCUGGAUGUGCAAAAAGUAAAUCACAUUGUGUUGGAUAAUGAGAAGGUAGAUAAAAGCAAUCUGCACCGGUAUCUGCGGGAACACGAGCAAACCUUAUUAUUUGGAAAGGAAAGUACAAAUGACUUCAGCAUUGUAAGUGUGCGACGGAGGAAACGGACAACGAGAUCAACAGAAAAGCUUAUUGAGUUCAAUAUUAGUGAUAGCACAGACGAAAGUUUUUUGGUGAAACUGCAAAAAUCGAACAUUCUAAUUGAUGAUUCAUUUGCGCUGAUCGAAAGUUACGACAAUUCAACACAACUGUUGGAUGAUUCGUAUCUGCUUGUUCAAAAGCUUGCAGACUGUUUCUACCGAAACGAUCAUGCGGCUUUCGAUCUUUGUGAAGGUGAAGUCCGCGGGCUGAUCAAACUGAAUCAGUCGGACUUGAUCUUGCAUCCACUGCCGGAGCGAUUCGGGUCCAGUAACCACGUACUAAUUAAUAAAAAUAGGACCUCUAAUUUUACUACUGCUCAUGUAACCCAGACUGAUGAAAAUGUGAUAUUUGAACCAGAUAUGUCUCACUAUGAACCCACCUAUUUUUCGAUGGCGAGCAAGGAUCGAAGCAAACGACACAUUGGCAAUAUAAAAGUUCCAGAUACACUCCAUGUUGAGACUGCAAUAUUUAUCGAUAAGGACCUCUAUCGGCACAUGUCGAAGAAUUUUCCAAAAAACACCGAAGCUCACCUUAUCCGCUUUGUCCUAGCUAUGGUUAAUGGUGUCCAGCUACUUUACAACCAUCCUUCGUUAGGCCACCCGAUCAACUUCAUUCUAAAGCGGUUGGAAAUAUUACACAACGAUCCAAAGGAGCUCCGUCGAUCCAGUGAUAUUGACGUGUACCUGAACAGUUUUUGCGGUUGGCAGCGGAAGCUGAAUCCCAUCUCGGACGCAGAUCCGGUGCACUUUGACCAUGCUGUGAUACUCACUGGGCUUGAUUUGUACGUUGUGAGCAAAACGGGCAAGGUGAGCAAUCAAGUCGUUGGACUUGCACCGGUUGCUGGCAUGUGCACGAUGACGUCCAGCUGCACGAUCAACGAGGGAAAACACUUCGAAAGUGUGUUUGUCGUAUCGCACGAAAUCGGUCACAAUUUAGGAAUGCGUCACGAUACUUCGGAAAACAACUGUGAUCCCAGUCAAUACAUAAUGUCCCCUACUCUUGGAAGUGGAAAAAUCACGUGGUCCUCAUGCAGCCGAAAUUAUUUGAGUUCGUUCUUGAAAACCACACAGGCAGUCUGCUUGUUCGAUCGGGGCCAUGUUGGACCGAGUUUGGACCACACUGCCCAAGGUAUGCUACCCGGUGAACGUUUCGAUGCGGAUCAACAGUGCAUGCUCAAGUACGGAAAAGACAGCAUCCGGUCAGAAGCUCAACAUAUUGCCGACAUUUGUCGAGAUUUACACUGCCAAAGGGAUCGGUACACGUGGACUUCGCACCCGGCACUGGAGGGUACCGCGUGUGGAACAUUAAUGUGGUGUCGGAGUGGAGCAUGUGUUUCAAAGAUACCGGGCCUAACAAUUCAAUCCAGCGGUAAACAUAUCACUGCCUUCAAAACCAUCGAUAAAAAGGCCUUCAUCGAGGGUUUGAAAUUUGCGAGCUUAAAGCAGGACACCGCCAGAACUUUGAACACCAUACCAACAUGGGAUGCCUGGAGUGAGCCGUCGGAGUGCGAGUCAGGAUGUUUGUACGGUGAAUCUGGGCGCCUCAAGGAGGGUAGUGUUGGACUGCGCCAGUAUAGCAGGACUUGUCUUGAUAAGAGAAAUAGUUGCACAGGAUCCAACAAAAAAUAUGAAUCCUGCAUUGCAAAACAGUGCUACAACAUCGCUCGUACUACCAUACUGGAUUUUGCCAACCAGAUAUGUGAUCGGGCCAAGGCUUUCGAUUCGGAUAUACGCGGGAUAGGAUUGCAAAAGGUGGCCGAAGAUCCGGAAGAGGCUUGCAAGGUGUUCUGUGAAACUAAAGCGGGUGAUCCUAAAACAAAAAGCUGGAUUUUUCCCGACGGGACGGCAUGUCGCAUCCGUAGUGCUGACUUCGAUGACUAUUUCUAUUGCAUCAGCGGAAGGUGUCAGAAAUUCUCAUGCAAUGGUUCUUCGGAAAACUUUUACCGAAUAGAUCCCAUGUUCUGUCCGGAGAGUUCGAUCUCACCAGACAGAGCCAGCAACAGCAUCCAGCAGGAGAAUGGACGAGAUUACAAAAGUCUUAACGUUAUACAAGACGCUCAUCAAACGGGCCGCAAGCCGGAAAAUGUUACUCAAAACUCUGUGUUCUACAGCUACCCCGAGCGAAGACGACUUCCCGAUGCGAAUUUCUACAAGGCCGAUAACUACGGUCGUUGGAGGGCGCGUCAGUUCGAACCGGAAAAGUAUGACAAGCUGUCGCAGUUGCAGUCGCGUAAAAACCAGUGGGACAUUAAGUCCGGUUGUCACUUCAGCUGCAUGGAAAAGUCCAAGGGAAUACAAAUAGUGGCUUCAAGGAUGGACAUCCGCACCAGCAUUCAGCUGUGCACACCCAAUACAAUCGCUUGCGAUAAGGUUCUCACUACGUACGAAUACGCGACUAGGCUGUGCAAACGAUACCAGCAGAAGGUACGUAGCCUCUCCGGUGUCGGUAUGCAAAUCGCGCCAAGUGUAGAAGAUCCGGAUAGGAGCUGUCGCAUCGCUUGCCAGGAUAACUUCAUUCGACAUCGGUUUUACCUUGUGAAUGGAGAACAAGGUCACUUUCCAUUUGGAGCACGAUGCAACCAUGACGAACCGAACCGAUACUGUGUCAAUGGAAAGUGUUUGCGAUUUGGCGAGGACGACACACCAUUGAACGAAUCCUACAAUAGCUUAGCGCAUUUGCGAACGAAACGAAAUGCCAAAAGAGUCAAAAGACAUUUUGAGUACUUUUCACCGAUCAAUGUUACCGAGCGCAUAAGUCAAGAGUAUAUCGAAAACUUGAUUGCAAGCAUUGAUUUUGCAAGGACUACGGGUGAAAUAUACGAGGAUAACAUCGAUUUCAGAAAUCCAAUCUAUUUCAGUCCAUGAAGUUCGAUGUUUGGCCGGGAAGUGAAACGAUAAGAAUAUACUAAUAAACUAUUAGUCAAAUAAUAGGGCAUUUUAAUGGAAAAUCUUUUGUAAACUAUUUAUUUAUCUAUGAAAACCGUAACUAAUGACAAACGAAUGAAAAUACAAAUAGUUAUGAAAUAUAUACUGUCUUGACUUCUUUAUAUU